GCGGCGCAGCGAACCAAAAUUGAAAAGAUGAGCGCUUUGGAAAUUGUAAAAGAGUUGAUCGAAACAAUAAAACAAGAAAUAGAUAAAACGGAAUCGUUGCCUUUCCACGAUGAAGAGUUUUAUAUUCCCGAAGAUCUCGACGGAAUUCGGAAUCUUUAUGAAAAACUAACGCGUCACCUGAAAGAACUGAAAAAAAAUUUAGACAAGUAUUUAACGAUAGUAGAGAAGACCGAGCUCAUUUCGAAUAUUCUGAGUUACAAGACGUACGAAGUCAGACAUAAUUUUCGAAUGAAAUUGGACGAGCUUCGGGAUCGUAGAGAAUGUCUAAAGGAAAUGUUUACCAAAGGAGAGGACGAAUCGACCGUCGCACUACAGUUGGUCGAAAUUAACGAUGAAAUAGAUAAAUUGGAAGGGAGGCAGUUGCACGAGCUAGAAUAUUUUAACCAACAAAAAAUUGAUGCUCAAAAAGAAUACGAGCAGGCGGUACACAUAUUGGACGCAGAUUUUAAAAAAAUGGUCAUUGUUUUUAAUCGAUUACUUCGGCUGGUGAAAACGGAAACGUAUGUCUCCGAUGAUCAAGAUGAAACUAAAUACGAUAAAUCCCUGCUGGAAAUAGAAAAAAUUAGACUUCAUGUGGAAAGAUAUGGCCAGUUGCAAGUCGUGGGCUGGAAAGAAUUAUACCCUGAAGAAAAAGUAUCUGAAAUGUUAGAAAAGAAAGGGCUCAAGGUCUCGUUAUCCGGAUUGCUGAUGACCGACAGCGGACGACAGCUAUCUUUUAAAGAAGCGAAAGCGCUGAAAUUCUUCGAAGGUUUCAGUCCCGAGACCAUUAAGGAAUUGCAGUUAAUUUUGGGGGACAGUGGCAAGGACGAGGAGAUAAGAUCUUGGAAAUCUGGAGACUCGACGGCGAGUAAAAUCUGCUCCGAAGAUGCGAAUUACCUGAAACGACAUUUAGGCAGGGCCCUAACGCUGGGUUUGGCUGAAAUAACGGCUUUGCAGCCGCGUGAUCCGAUCCACUAUUUAGGACACUGGCUGUUUAAGUACCGCUACAACCAACAAAUGGAAGACGUAAAUAAAAAAGAAUUUGAGAUAUUAAACGAGCAAAGAAUGAAGAUGGGCAAAGAACGAUGGCAAAAGUUUAUCCAAGACGAAGCGAGGGCUGCGAUAGUCGACGUCAUUAUCCGAACGGAGGAAACGGCCAUUUUAAAUCAGCUAAAACGAAUGGAACGGGAAAAUAAGGAAACGGAGGAAGGCGUGAACUACGAAGACGAAAUCGGGGACGUACUAGGGACGUAUAACGGUCGAAAUAACGCAUAG